AAAACUUAACACAACAGAUAAACUUGCCCUUAUGCUGCUGAGUUCUUGGUCUUGACGAAAUGAGGAGUACAUAUGUAUUUUUCUCCUGACUCAAAGACAGAAAAUCAAACCGACAGUCAUGGCUUGUUCACUCACUGAUGAGCAGAUCCUCUGUAGUAAAUGUGGUAUAUUAACUGACCCAGUCACCACUUCAUGUGAACACAACUUCUGUGAAGUCUGCAUUGAAACAUGCUGGGAAAAUGGAGAGCUCUAUUUAUGUCCAGUAUGUAGGAAAGAAUGUGAUACUAAGCCAGAACUGAAUAUUAACACGGCACUUACAAAGUUUGUCACUGACAACAUGAAGAUACAGGAAAAUGAAAACAAAUCGAAUAUUCUGUGUGACUUUUGCUGUGAACGUAAGCUAAGGGCCGUGAAGUCGUGUUUGCACUGUGAAGCUUCUUUUUGUGAGACUCACCUUAACAAUCACAAAACGUCACCGAGACGCAUGAAGCACAAACUGAUCAACCCUAUGGACAACCUGGAAGAUUAUAUCUGUGAUAAACAUGAGAAACCAUUGGAGAUGUUUUGCAGAGAUGAUCAGACCUUUCUAUGUCUGUUCUGCACUACAACAGAACAUAAGACUCACGACUGUGUUCCUAUAGAGCAAGAAAGUUCACACAGGAGGACUCAAGUGGAAGAGAAACAUACAGAUGUCAAAAUGAUGAUCAAGGAAAGACGCAAAAAGAUUAAGCAGAUUAAAAACUUAGCAAAUAUAAACAAGAGAAACAGGGAGAGAGAUAAAGCAUGCAGUGUUGAGCUCUUCACUACACUGAUCCGCUCCAUUGAGAGAUGUCAGUCUGAACUGCUGGAGGUGAUGGAGCAGAAGCAGAAAGCAGCAGAAAUUCAUGCUGAAGAUCUCAUUAAAGAGCUGGAGCAGGAAAUGGCUGAGCUUAAGAUGAGAGAAACCGAGCUGGAGAAUCUCUUAAAAACUGAAGAUCACAUCCACCUCCUUCAGACAUACUCAUCUGUGUGCGGCCCUCUGCAAUUCAAGUCCUGGACCAACAUCAGCAUCGAUACUGAUCUUAACACAGAAACCCUAAAGAAAACUCUUAAGUGCCUUGAAGAAAAAAUCCAAAUGGAACUGAGAAGUUUUUUUGAGAUCAUUCAGCCUUCAGUGAUUCAAGGAAUCAACUUUAUAGCAACACCGGAGACUUCUGCAUCAGUGUCUGAACCAAACCUGGCAAAUGGGAUAUUUGUAUUUGGCAGCACUAGCACGGACUCUGUUCUUAAACCUCCUUUAAUGGUAUCUGAAAGUUCCCCAGCAAUGAGGAAAAAGGAUGCAUCUGUCCCGUUUAUCCCACGGCAGCUGUCAAGCUUGGGUGUGGAUCUCGGUACAAUACAGAAACUUUAUACAGUGGAUGUGAUUUUAGAUCCUAACACAGCUUAUCCCAAACUUAAUCUGUCUAAGGAUGGGAAACAAGUGUAUUAUGAAGGUACUUGGAGAGAUGUGCCCAAUAACCCGGAGAGAUUUGAUUGCUCUGCCUGUGUCCUGGGAAAGGAUGGGUUUUGCGGUGGCAUAUUUUACUAUGAGGUGCAGGUCUGUGAUAAACCUGAAUGGGACAUAGGUGUGGCGAGAGAGUCCAUUAAGAAAAAGGGAAAAAUAACCGUGUGCCCCGAGCAUGGGUUCUGGUCUAUAUGGCUUAGAAAUGGAAAUGAAUAUAUGGCUAAUGAAUUAAGUCCCAUCUCCCUUUCCAUAAAGCAGAAGCCUCAGACUGUGGGUGUGUUUGUGGAUUAUGAAAAGGGUCUGGUGUCCUUUUAUGAUGUGGAGAACAAGUAUCUUAUCUACUCCUUCAUUGGUUAUUCUUUCAAUGAGAAACUUUAUCCAUUUCUCAGCCCUUGUAACAAAAAAGUAGGUGUGAACAAAAAGCCUCUGAUUAUCCGUCCGUGUAAUUACUAAACUCUCAAAACCAGUGACUAGAGACUAUUAUGGAAUUUGGAUCAUGUACUGUAUGUUAUAGUUUAACAUUUUACAAGACUUUUUAAACCCCAUAACUCUCACACCACCCUUUUGAGUGGGGGGGUGAAAAGUUGAUUUGCACUUCAAAUGAAUAUAACUCUCUGGCAUUUUUUGGGCUAGUAACCUAAUCUUGGUCUUGUUUUAAAGAAGACAAUUUAAGGUGACAUGUGACAUAUAGUAGGAUUAUCAAUGUUUUAGGCGCACUCUUAUCAUAAAUUAAUCAAUUACUCUCCCUACAUAAUUUAUUUUAUAAAACACUGAAAAUAUCUGUAUUCUAGAGGCUUAGACCUUUCCAAAGAUAUAUAGUUUGUCACGAUUAGAUAAACAUUUACAUCCAAAAUAUUGAAGUAAAGUCAGGUGUUCCUCAGGAGGAACGGUGACAGUAAAAGGGUUAAGUUGUAAAAUGGUGUCUGAUUACUAGUGCGUAGUGUAGUUCUAGCUCAAAAUAGCAUUUCUUAUAACAUGUUCAAAUUGCCACUUUGUAGGUGUGAGAAAAAAAUGUGCUGUUUUUGGUGUGUCCUUUUAAAUGCAAAUGAGCUGAUCUCUGCAGUGCUGUGGUUGGAUAGUGCAGAUUAAGGGGCGGUAUUAUCCCCUUCUGACAUCACAAGGGGAGCAAAAUUUCAAUUACCUAUUUUUCACAUGAUUGCAGAGAAUGGUUUACAAAAACUAAGUUAUUGGGUUGAUCUUUUUCACAUUUUUUAGGUUGGGGGACCCAAUUAUAGCACUAAACAUGUCAGAUUUUCAUGAUAUGUCCCCUUUAAAAUGUGAUGAAAACUGUCUAUGUAUAUUAAUGAUAUUAAUAAUAUUUAUUGUAUUUAUACAUUAUGCAAUUUAAAGGCAUGAGAAGAGGUGGAUGGAUUGUUUUUUUCUGUUAACAGUUUUUUAUUGUAUAAACCUGGAAUAUUCCUUAUAAUAAUUUUUUAGUAAAGGGAUAGUUCACCCAAAAUAAAAAUUCUGUCAUCAUUUACUCACCCUUGAGUAAACCUGUAUAAAUUUAUUUGUUCUGUUGAUCACAAAGGAAGAUAUUUUGAGCAAUGUUUGUAACCAAAUUUUGAGCAACAUUGACUUCCAUAGUAGUAUUUUCCUACUAUGGAAGUCAAUGGUGCUUCUGUUUCAUGCUUCAGUACAAAUAUCCUCCUUUGUGUUCAGCAGAACAAAGAUAUUAAUACAGGUUUGCAACAACACGAGGGUGAGAAAAUUAUGAAAGGUUUUUCAUUUUUAAAUAAAGAUGCAAACAAAGCCACUAGAUGGUGUGCUAGUACUAUAUAAACUACCAUCAGACUGGCUGUAAAGUCUGUGCUUCAAAAAAUAAAAGACAAAAAAAUUGAGAAAUCAAUAAGCUGAAUAAGCUAGUCCUUAUAAUAAAUGUAUAAAGGACCUUUUUAAUAUAAUGCUUACCUUUCAUAUGAAAUGUAAGAAAGCAUCAUUCUGCUUGAGAUUGGAGAAAAUCUAUAAGAUUAAUGUUCAAAUCCAUACAAGUCAUACAUAAUAGAGGAGAACUGUGUAUUUGGAUCAUCCAUUUAGUAUAAAUGUUGCCAAUAAUGUGUCAAGAAUUUUGAAGCUCUAUCAAUAACAUUUUUAUAUCCUAGAAAUCCUUAAAAAAAACAGCACUAAUUUACUCACAAAACCUUGUACUACUAGAACAUCCCACCCCGCCUUUUUCUGCGUUUCCCUCCCUGUUCCCAUUCUUUUCCUUCCCCUUUCCUGAGCUGGAUGAAUGGAAGGUCCCUUACAGCACAAUGGAAGCUGGUCUCGUAGGAAUGCCAGAAAUGUCUGGAGUCAGCAUGAGGCCGGUGGCCAUGGACAACACACCCCCUGUGACAUCACAGACCCACCUCCCGACACCAAGUCUCGCCUUCUGGCGUCUCUUGCACGUUUCCAGAGUAAAUAAGGAUAUAAGGGAAAUGUGUUUGUUAUUAUUUAUAUUCAAAGUCUCGUUCAGUAAACUCAAAGGUCUCCUGUGUGUUAAACGUAAUUGAUCCAUAUAACAGAACUUUCUGUUAAACCUACAAUAUCUAUACAGUAUCUGAUUCUAUCCCAGUGUUGGGGUUUCGUUUAAUUCUCCUGACAGAGCCACUUGUGUCAAAAAAAGACCCCCGGUGUGGUC